CGUGCGUGUUCUCUUCCAGGAAGCUCGCAGCUGUAGCUAAAGCAAACAUGGGGCGAGGGGCAGCUGAGUCAGAAAAACUCCUUAAAAUGUAUCAAACUAACGCAGCCUCGAUAUCUUUACCGAAACAUUCGUACUGGUACGACUUCUGGUUGUUCGUGCUGUUUGACAUCGCGUUUUUCCUCGUCAUGUAUUACAUAGUGCCGUAGAAAGGUUUGUCCGCUGGAGCCUGAAGACAUGGAGUGUUGGUACUGUCCUGCUUUGACUGAGCUUGGUCCAUGGAAGUGCACGUUUUAUACUUGUGGCUUUGACAUAAGAGAGUUGACCCCUGGUGACCUGUUGCCAGUUGACUGGACUGCCUUUCUGCAAGCUGUUGCUGUGGGGAAGAGACAAACAAACACAAAAGUCACAAUGGGGAUCUGAUGAUCCAGUGAAUAGGCUGUGAUGACACCAAAGAAACACAAUUUUAUUGAGGAAUAUGAUUCCAGCACAUCUCAAUCUCGAAAAUGUUUACAUGGAAUACACUGCAAAUAAAAAGUUGUACCUACUUGCUAAACGGUGACCAUUUAUUUAUUGUUUAGCACAGCUGUUAUCCCUAUUUAAACACAUUACAAAUAUCUUAUUAUAUAAAAGCGCUCUGCAGAUUACCAGCUGGUACGGUCGACGAGAGUACUUUGAAUAGUUACAAUGUAAUCCUUCUGAGCAUUUACAGUUUAUUACUUGACGCUCUUAUUUUUUAAUUGUACUCCACGUGUUUCCGGUCCGCGAGGAGCUAACAACAAAUGGCUUUCAAGCUAAUGGUAAUUUGUUAAAAGGACUUUUAAAACCAGAACCAUGGAAACGACUGGCGGCUCUCGACAAGUGGAAAACGCAGGUCCGUUUUAUUGGAGCGUUUAAUAAUGUGUGUGACAGUUAAACACGAACUAGCUGUCCUUCACAGUGUCGUUUUCUCGCGUUAUCACUUAGCCCCAGCUAACAGCGGUGGUUGUAGCUAACGUAACAAACGUACCGUUAAGGCAACAUGUAGCUAGCUACUUUAACCUGAGUGACAACUUACCGUUUCCCUUGAGUAAACGGAAGUCCAAAGUUUAAACUGGAACCGAACUGUAAACCAGAUGCGUGUGACGUGGCCACAAGUCCCACGGUGUUGGCUAAUGUGUCUAACUAAGCUAGUUAAAUCCACCCGUUAAGAGUUGGGUUGUUGGCUCCCGGUGUGUCAGAGGAGUUUCUUAAUGAAAACACGAGUCUGAACCUAAAACAUUGCUGUUAGGAGAGCUGCUGUCUCCUCACGAGAGUUUACAACAACACACCGAAGCUACUGUGGCUGCAUGACAUCCUGAUGUGUUUUGAUCUCAACAGCUGAGCCGUGCUGUGAACCGGAGUAUGUCCAACGUGUGUAGCUGUCAGCUGACACGUCCUCGAUGUGUAAUCUGCAUGUUGUUGCUGUAUCACAGUGUUCUUAUCUGCGCUGUAGAACUGUGCUGGGUUUACUCUAACAAGACAUCUGAUACAGAAGCCCUCAUAUUCUUAAUGUUUGAGACACAUUUAAAGUGGUCAACCUAAAUAGUCACAUCAGACACUGUCUAUUUUUAUUUUAUAAGCAACCAUGGACACAGAGUCAGUUUCCACCAUUUGCCUGCAUGUAAUAAGAACAUAAUUGUCACCUCACAAAGAUAUAUAUCUCUCUAUGUAUAUAUAUAUAUAUCUCUCUCUCUCUCUCUCUCUCUCUCUCUCUCUCUCUCUCUCUCUCUCUCUCUCUCUCUCACACAUGAACCUGUCCACCCCAUGUCUCCAUGUUGGCACAGAUAUAUUCCUGCCAUUAUCAUCACUAAGGCUGCUGAUACCUCCCCUGCGGCUGCUUUCUGCAGCGAUGUGGCAGGUGGCUCAGCAGAAAGAGGUUCUCGACUAUGGAAAGCUUGGGGAGUUUGUGGCGCUGGUGACGGCUACAGUGCCAGACCUGCUCAAUCCACAGCAACGUGGCAAGCUGCUUCUGCGGCUGAGAGCAAGAGUCAUUCUUGAGUUGUGCAGAAAUGAGGAAACAGCCAACGUUUUGGGCAUACAGCCUCAUCUAGAAAGCAUUCGCCCAGCAGGAUACACAGGAAGUGGAGAUGCAGAGGUGGAUGCAGAGGAGGCCAUUUUUGUGGAGCUCAUCCAAACACUACUGAAGGACCCAGCAGAGAGGAAGCAUUUUUACCAGGAGGUUUUCCCUACAGAGUAUGGACCCAGCUACGACACAGACAUGCAGCUCCUCGUGUGGGAGUUUCUGUCUAAACUGGAGAAACUCCUGCCAGUACCAGACCUCAGUCAGACUGUGUCGUGGCUGACGUCCGCCCCCUCCGUACUGAAGGACUGCAUGCAAAUGCUCUCCGAUCCUGACAACCUGAGGGCUCUCCUGCAGCACCACAAAUGCCUCGAGCACCUCGGAACACAAGGUAUUUUUUGUGUGGAUGGAGAUCUCUAUAAAAGGAUUGUGGGGCCUACUAGUGGUUUAGCCAGUUUAUUGCAGUCGGGAGAAGAAGGCACACGGAAGACUAAGAUGAGAAGGCGAGAAACCACAGCCUCACCAGGUACCACAGUGGAGAUGUCCACCCAGGUCUUUGCCUGCUCAGAGUGUCCCUUCUUCCACAUGCAGGAAUCCUACCUGCUUCAGCACAUUGAGCACAGUCACCCUGAGCAGUACAGCAAACUCCAGAGCUCUGCGGAGGCAGCCGGCGUCCCCAAGAAGAAGGCCCAGCGUCCCGAGUUCCCAUCGCCUUUCCCCAUCCACGACAGGCGCGACCCUCACACGUGCCAGGAGUGUGGCAAAACCUUCACACGCGCCUCGGACGUGACUCGUCACCAGCGGACACACACGGGUGAGCGCCCGUACACCUGCAAGAUAUGCAAGAAGGGCUUCAAGAACUCUUGGGAUCUGACCCGACACGAGCGCAUUCACACUGGAGAGCGACCCUUCCUCUGCUCCCAGUGUGGCAAGCAGUUCACGCAGAGGGGGUUGCUCAAGCUGCAUUUACAGCGGACCGCCUGCAGCCAGACAUGCAACCCUCCAGUCAAGUUCACGACGGAGGUCAUAGUAGCGGAGGAGCCGUCGGAGAAAGGGGGCGGUCAGUACAAAUGCCAGAAAUGUGGCGAGAGCUUCAGCAGCAUCCUGGAGCGCAUGAGGCACAGGCAGAGACACAUAGUCCGGCAUCAGUUAAAAUGCUCCAUGUGUGAGAAGAUAUACAGCCGAGCGUCCGACCUCAAGAGACACCAGAUGAAGCACACCGGUGAGCGGCCAUUCGCCUGCGAGUGUGGGAAAAGCUUUACGCACGUGUGGCUCCUGAACAAGCACCAGCAGAUCCACACCAGGGAUCGGCCGCACCCCUGCGCGGAGUGUGGAAAGAGCUUCACGGAGCUCCAGGUCUUGAACCGGCACCGGCUGACUCACAACGGCCAGCGGCCCUUCCGGUGCUCCCACUGUGAGAAGAGCUUCACCCAGCUGGCCAGCCUAACGCGCCACGAAAGAAUCCACACCGGUGAGAGGCCGCACCACUGCAACACCUGCGAGAAGACGUUCCUCACCCACGGAGAGCUGGCAAGGCACCAGCGCAGCCACAGUAACCUCAGGCCAUACACUUGUCCACAGUGUCCGAAGAACUUCAAGACCAAGCGAGCUCAGAGCGAACACCUCAACGCGCACACGGGAGAGCGACCAUUUGCAUGCGCCCAUUGCGGGAAGAGGUUCGCCAAGUCGACCUCGCUCGUCCGACAUAACCUGACCCACACGGGGGAGCGACCCCACCAGUGCUCCCAGUGCAGGAAGACCUUCCUCACCUCUGGCGAGCUCCUCCUCCACAAACGCAUCCACACCGGAGAGAGGCCUUACUCCUGCUCCUACUGCGAGAGGAAGUUCAGGUGCUCCUCCGACCUCAACAUGCACGUCCGAACACACACCGGGGAGAAGCCACACAGCUGCCUGUUCUGUAAGAAGAGUUUUUCCACCUCUACGAGGCUGAAGAGACACGUGCACACACACAUGGAGAAGGGUUUAGUAGCGGAGUCCUUUAGUCUUUAAGCUGCGAGGAGCUAAUGGUGGAUAUAUUAGCAGAUGCCGAU